AUGAAUGCUAAUUAACAAAUAAGAGAUAGGUUAAAUACAUUUGGUAAUUAAUAAAAUUUAAAUGACACCUUAGAAAGGAAAAAGACUACCCUAAGAUAAAUGUUUUAAGCAAAGACUGUUAAGUGCGAAAAGCUUUCUAAGAGUGGAAUGACUUGGAAUCAUAGGUUAUUAGAAGUGAGUGAUCAUAUUAGAUACUACAGUGUUGAACCUAAUAAAUAAUUAAAAGGAGAAGUAGCGUUGGAGGAUGUUUUUGAAAUAACUUUUCCAGAUGAGUCAAAAAAAAAUCCUAAAAGAAGCAUUUGUUUUACAUUUAGGGUUGAUAAAUAUAAAUAAUUUAAGAAUGGAUAAGAAAUUUAAUAGAAGAUCACUUAUAGUAAAAAUAAAACUGUAGGACAUUUAGUAUGGGCCUUUAAGUUUACUGAAAAGGAUAUGGAUGAGUAUUAAAAAAUAAAAGAUUUAAUUGAGCAAAAUAAUCAAAAUUUAGCUUAAAUGGGUAACUCUAUGAUAUAGCAGUCAUAAUUUAAUUAGAAUAAUAUGUAGGGAUAACAAUAAAAAGAUCGCUUGCAAGACUAGAUUCGAUUAUAGUCACAAAAUGAGAUUAUAGAAGGAAAUGAUUAAGAAAAUAAUUAAGAAGAUAUUUAAAAAGAUAGUGAUGAUGAAAACUAGAAGAAUGAGAAUUAAAAUAAUUAACUUAAUGGGAGAGAUUAUUUUUAGAAUUGUCUGUAAGUUAAUUAAGGGAAUCAAUACAAUUGGGACGAAAUGUACAAUAAACUAUUCGAAAUUUAUUAUCAAAGAAUAAAAUAAAAUAAGUAAUUAUCUGCCUAAGAAGAAAUAUAGAUGGCAAUAUAUUUAUUUACUAUUAUGGGAAAAUUCCGUGAAGAAUCUGUUCUAUGUGUUAAAGAGCUUAUUCAUGAGCUCAUAUUUCCAGAGAAAAAAAGAUCAUAUAUUGAAGUAUCUAGAGAACAUCCUAUGUACUAAUUUAAGUAGCAAGGAGAAAAGGUCUACGAAGUAAACAGAAUAUUUGUUAGGCUAUCAUAUAUACAAACCGUUUAUGAUAAAUAUGGAGAUAUUGUUGAUUAUGAAGAUGUAAAUACGAAAAAUUUGAGUAAUGAAUUUAAGGCAAAUAACUAUUUAACUAAUACCAUCCACGAUAUAGUAAUUUAGAGCAGAAUCUUCGAAUUAAGAAUUCCUUUGACUUGCUAGGUAGAGUAUUUAGGUUUUAAUUGUCUCUGCUAUGCUGUGCCAAAAGUUGAAAUGCCAGAUGAUGAAAUAAAAAAGUAUCAUAACAAGGGAUAUAGCAAACUAACUAAAUCACCUUUAGAUGCAUAAAAAGCAAGCUUAAUUUAAGGUUUUGAUAUUGAAGAUAAAUAUAAAAUAAAACCUAGUAUUGAGAUGAGUAUGAAAGCUAUCAGUGAUAAGAUGAAAUUAGAGCAAUUGAUCAGUAUGGAAUCAGAUAAGAAAGGUGGUAAUUUUCUUUCUUAUUUUUGUGAGGUUCACGAUUGGGACCAAAAAGCCUCUUCAGAAAAUAAGAACAAUUAAGAUACAAAUUAAGAUACAACUAUAGACACUAGUAAUAAGUUAUAUUACAUAUAUCGUACAUCUACUGUUUUACCUCUCCACAUAGAAGUUUCUGAAAAGCUAAAUAAAAGAGUAAAUCUUUUCAAAGAUAGACUUCGAGAGGAAUAUGCCUGCAGAUUAGAUAAACCUAUGUCAAAUUCAGCAUUUAUUGUGAGUUAAAAUACAUAACAAGAACUGAGGGUGACUCAAGCCUCUACAAUUCUAAUAAACUCUGUAUGUAAAUAAGUGCUUGAUGACCUUGAAAGUUUAAAAUUAAUAGCAAUAGGCCCUGAAUCUAUUAUAAGAAUAAUGCACAAAUAUGGAGUAAAUAUGAGACACUUGGGAAAGAUUGCUAACAAGGCUAUUUUACCUCAUGUUAAAAAUCUUUGUAUUGCUGAGAUGAUUGCAAGAUCUACCAAAAAAAUUUUAAGAGCCAACAUAUCAACAUACAUACUUAAAAAAUUCAGGAUUGGUGAGAAUUUUGAUGAAGACGAUGAAGCUGUUCUCGCAAAAUUUUAUGGGUUUGGUCAGACAGUAAUUCAACCAAAUAAUAAUGCCGAUAUAGAUAAAAACUAAAAUGAGAGGCCUAUAUAUCAGAAAUUGAUUGAGUUAAAAAAUCGUCUUUACAACGAAAUGAACUAAGAUAACUCAGUUGAAAAUAAUUAGCAAACAGUAAAUAGUGAAUAUAAUUGGAUACUAGAUGAAGACAAUGUUACCUCAAUUCUAUAAAAUCCUAAUUCUAAGAAUAAACGUGACUAUAAAAGACCUAUUUCGAAUAAGAAAGAUUAAGACUAAAAGGAUAUGAUUUAGAGAAUUUUCCAGAGAAAAUUAAGAGAAAUAUAUUGGGAUUACUUAAAUCUCGUUUUUUCAAAUGAUGAAGAAACAAAGAUCUUUUGGUAGGAAAUAUUGAGACCGUAAAUACACAAAGAUUUCGGAUAUGAUAUUGGUACCACGUUUCCUAUAGGAAUUUCUGAAGGAUUUGUCAUUCAUUCUAUAAAAUAUCAUUGGAGAAUAAAUUUCCAUGUUUAUGAUACCUUCAAGCUUUUUACUGCUCAGCCAUUUGGCUAGUAUGAGAAAAUAAAUUUUUUCUAAAUUUGUGUAAAAAGCAAGAUUUAUAAUAUGAAAAAUUUAAAUAUUCAUAAACUGGUUAACUUGCAUAAAAAAUAUAUAGAAGAGGGAAAGUAUGAUCUAGCUUUUUAUUACCUAUAAAUAAAAGAAAUCCUUUUGACAUCGUCAAAAGAAGUUGAAUACAAUCCUCCUCAAGCACAUGAGUUAAGUUAAAUUUUAAUAAAUCAAGCCUAUGUGAAGUAUAAGCAAACUAAAUCUUAAUUUUAAAAUUUAAAUCCUCAAGAUCGUUAACAAUAAAUAGAUUAUAUAGAACUAUUGAUAAAGUAAUCUAUGAAAUAUAUACCUCUUUUCCAUGGCGAAAUAAUUAAACUUGCAGGAUUAUAUGAGAAAGUUAGAUUUUUUAAAAAAUAAGAAAAAAUAGAAAAACCCAAAAAUUUUGAUCCAAAGAGUGAUAUUGGCAAUAUUUUAUCUAAUAUGGAUGCUCUUACCAGAAUACUAGAAUUUCAUUUAGGAAGAGGCCAUCCUCUAUAUUCUUUUCUUCUUUGUUUCUAAGCAAAUUAAAAAAUAAAACAAGAAAAUCUUUACAACUUAAAAAGUUAAAUGUAAAUAAUGAAACAAAUAAAACUUGAUAUAAAGCUUUAAAAUUGGUAUGAUUAUUUUCAAUAACAACCUUAAAAAUCUUUUGAAAAGUAGGAAGAAAAAGAUAAAUAUUAUUAAGGGCUAUUUAAUGCUUGGGAAUAAAAAUAAGAAAUUAAAUUGAAAGGUAUCCAACUAGAUAUAAAUAAGCUUACUGCAGGUCUAAAUGUAUGCUUAAAAUUGUAUGAAUAAGCUAUUGAUAACUCAUUAAACACUUUAGGAAAUUAUCAUAUAAAAAUAGCUGAGUUUUAGCAAGACUUUGCAAUAGUUGAUUACUAAAUGUUUGAAUUACUUAAAUCUCUGAAAAAACUUCAUAAAGCAUUAUGUAUAAUAGAAAAUUGGGAACCAAAAAACCCUAAAGAUUUGUAAGGUCUUAUAGAGUUAGAUGCAAAAGGUUAUAAUUUUCCUUUCUUAGAAACUGGUAAUGUUUAAAAGCUUGCAAAUUUAAAUAUUCAAAUAGCAUUGAUAGAAACUAGCUUAAAUCGUUAUAGUAGCUCUCUUACAUUUGUAUAAAAGUCUAAAAUAUAUUUGAAAUAUACAGGAUUGAAAUAGUAUAAGCUAAAUGUUUACACAUAAUAUUUAAUUUGCUACUGUUUAUAUAACAUGAGUUUAUCAAGUGAAGAAGAAAUUUAAAAAUUAGUUUAACAAGUUGAAGAUUUAUGGACAUUAGUAGAUUAAAAUGCAAUUGAUUAAGAAUUUAAACCAGAUCAGGUUUCAUAUUUGUAUUAAUUUUGCUUCAAGGUUUUAAUUGAGCAAGAGAUGAAAUAGUUAGAUUUUAAAAGUAAAUUAAAUUUGAUGAAUAUUUUAGAUGAAGAAAAUGAAAGAUAAGAAGAUAUUUAGGACGUUUUUGAUAAUUAUGCCUUUAAAAACAACUUUACAGGAUAGCAAUAUGUAAUGAGAAGGAAAAUUUACACAAGUUCAAAACUGUAUGACCCAUUUUUGAAAUUCAAAGAAGCCCCUAUAACUGAAGAGGAAAAGCUAGAAAUUAUUAAAUAGAUAUUAUAAAGCAACCAACAAAUUUAAGAAAUAGACUAAAUGCCUAAAAUUAAUUAGUCUUCUUAAAAUAAAUAUGAUCUAAACUUAUAUAUUAAAUCUGUUUUAGAAGAUAUAGAGAAAUAGUAUAAUAACUUUGACAGAUUACCUGAUCCUUAUUUAACGAGGGAAUAAAAACAAAGAUUUACUUAAGAAGAAUAGAUUGCUUAUUUAGAAUACUAAAAAGAAGCAAACAUAAUUGAAUAUAAAGAAAAGAUUAAAAAAUCGAUAUCUUAUAGGACAUUGCAAGCCUUGAUGAAAGCUCUUGGAUUCAAUUUCUUUUACUACGCUAUAAAAAAAUCGUUCAGUUAUUAAAAACCAAACUAAAUAAAAAAAUAGAAAAGAUAAUAGAAAAUUAACAAAUGA